AUGGAUAGCCAUGAAAAAAAUGUAUCUGUUUGUGAAAAAAGUGAGGUUGAUAAUACGGAAAACGAGGCGGGAGACAUUUCCGAUACUGAUGCAGCAGAUUCUAAUGAAACAUAUGGUUCUGUGACCGUAGCUCCGUCAGUGGAAGACAUCAGCUUAACAAAAGAUGGAGAUGCACUUGGACCUGGAGUAUCGAAGAAACCAAAGAAGAAAUCCCGUCACGGCAAGAAGUGUCAUGUGACGACAAAGGACAGCAUUGACAGGAGUGCAAUACGAAGGGUUCAUUACACCGGAACAAAAUUUCGACAAUUUAGAAAGAGAGCACAAAGUUUCCCAUCAAUUUCAAAAUUUUUUCUUCCAUACAAAAGACCACGAAAGGAAGCUUUCAUUCCACCAACAAAGUUUCUGCUUGGUGGCAAUAUAUCGGAUCCAUUGAACUUAAAUAGUCUACAAGAUGAAGAUAUAAAUAGAGCAAUGAAUGCAGUUACACCAGAAUCUUCACCUUUGCCAACACCACCCAGACACAAAGCGAAAAUAGAUGUGAUAAUCCCACCAAAUAUUCGAGAUCCAUUAAACUUGAUGGAGCCUUUGGACAAUGAGGAAUAUGAAAAGCGAUUGGAAAUGCAGCAACGUAAGUCUAAAAAGAAGCCUAGAAUCAGGCGUCGCACAAUAGAUAAUACUUCACCGUCUGUAGAAGUAAUUGUAGAAAAAGAGGAAAAAAUGAAAGAGCCUUUACCUCCAGAACCUUCAACUUCCAAGUCUAGAAAAAGGUCAUGCAGUGAAAGUGAAAAUGCUUCGGUGAAAGGAAAAGACAAUAAGAAGUUGAGGCGUAUGGAUUCAUUGGAUAAAAUUGUGAGCCCUGUAGUUCCUCAACCAGGAGCCUGGAUGCGGGCAAGACCACAACAACGCCCUGUGCCACCAGAGAGACCAGUAUCGCCUCAUCGCACUAAGCCAAAAAAUGAUAAUGAAAAGGAGCAGAAGUUGCCUAUCUUUCAUCCGAAAAAUUCACGAUACCAGUAUGGAAACUAUGACAGGUAUUACGGAUAUCGUAAUUUAAAUGCAAUGAUGGAUAUAAGGCUACAAGUGUUCGAGAUGCACAGGCAUUUAUUCCAUAAUAAGGAUGUUUUGGAUAUUGGAUGUAAUGUUGGUCACAUAUCUAUAGCUGUGGCACGUACACUUGGUGCUAGAUCAGUUGUUGGCAUUGAUAUAGACCCUGUGCUCAUUGGUAGAGCAAGAAAAAAUUUAAAAGCUUUUAUACCUGUUCCAUCGGAAAUAAAGACAGAGGACGAUAAGAAAUUAGAAGUAGAUGAUGACAAAAAGGUUGAGUGUGAUCAAUGUAAAGAAGCCAAAUGUGAUGAUUGUAUUUCUGCUGACCAUAAACAAGAUAAAGGGGAUGAUUGUAAAAAGUCAUUGUCGGGAAGGAAGAUAAGGAAACCAAGAAAAAACAGAAAGGCUGUAAAUAAGCAUGAUCAGGGGCAAUGUUUCUUCCCAAUGUCCAUGUCACUGUUGUAUGGACCACUUGGCAACACGUCAGCUGAUACCUCACCAACAGUAUUUCCAUACAAUGUUACUUUUAAGCAGGGCAACUAUGUCCCGCGUGAGGAUAUAGCAGUCGGUUCGGGUAUGGAGAGUCCACAGUUCGAUUUGAUUCUGUGUUUAUCUACCACAAAAUGGCUUCAUCUGAAUUGGGGUGACGCUGGUUUGAAACGCGCUUUCCGCCGCAUGUUUGCUGACCUUCGCCCUGGAGGAAAAUUAGUGCUAGAGGCCCAGAAUUGGGCUAGUUACAAAAAGAAGAAGCGUCUAACGCCAACAAUUUACGAAAACUUCAACUCCAUCGAGCUGUUCCCGAAUAAAUUCCGCGAGUACCUGCUCUCGCCGGAGGUCGGGUUCAGUAAGUGCUGCAUUUUGGGCGUGCCGCAACACGCGAGCAAGGGUUUCCGUCGACCGAUCCAGUUGUACGUCAAGGGUGAUUUUACACCGAGUAAGGCGCGUUGGUCGGACGCGUACGCGCCGUCGUCGCACCACAAGCCCGAGGCCGAGCCGCCGCGCCGCACGGUGUACGCGCCGGUGGCGCCCGCCUACCGGCCCAGCGACGACGCGCCGUCGUGCGGCGCCGCGACCCCGUACUCGCCCAACUUGGACUGCUGUGCGGACGAUUCCCCCUUCUACAACCCCAGGAGCGACACGUACGCGCCUUCGUAUCAGCCGCCUAGGCCGACCGUGUACGCCACUAUCCCCUCUCCACUGGGCAGCGCGUCUCCAGCGGCGUCGCCUGCCGCCUCCCCGGCGCCACACGCUUCCCCCGCCCCCGAUCAGAUGUCGGCACGCGGCUUCCCCGCUCCGGAGCGUCUUCUCGACGAAUGA